AUGGCCAGGGAAACAUCCUGUGGGUACGUCCGAUGUGGUAUACCCGACCAAUAUCGCUGUGGGCUGAUCUACUCCCCCGGAUACCCACACGCCUUCCCUUCUUCAGCCAUCUGUCUGUGGACCAUCGAAGGUCCUCCUGGAAGCUACGUCACGCUUGUGCUGCUGGACGUAGAUUUGCCCUGCGCCAGCCGCGUGCUGCAGGUCAGGGACAGGUUCCUGACGGUAGGGUGGAACACGAUCCACGGGCUGUGUCGCGGCGAGGCGGAACAGAAGCGUUAUGUGUCGAGCUCCGAUGAGAUGCGAUUGGUCAUGCUGGCGACGAGUCACAUUGCUGAUUUUGGCGCCAGUCGCGGGUUUAUGGCGACGUUCAACGUCAGUACGUUCAGCGCUAGCCGGCAGGUGAAACACCUACCCGAGGAUGCAGGUUUCAUUUGCCCAUGUGGUUGGCGCUUGUUCCGCCGACACUGCUACCUGACAUUCCGCCAUCACGUACGGGUGAACUGGGAGGAGGCAGCCGUCAAGUGCCGAGAGUUUGGCUCCAACUUAACCAGCGUGGCUGACCGGGCGGAGAUGGAGUUUCUCCACCUACUGUUGGUCACCAACGUUGUCGUCAAACGCAUCGUUGAUCCAACGCUUUACAUUGGUCUAAACGACCACACCCACCUGAAUCGAACCUUUGUCUGGAACGAUGGCACUCCGGUUACUUACAUGGACUGGUCACCCAUGGAUGUAAGAACCUGGUUCCCUCAGCCGGACGGCGCCAAGAUGAACUACUGCGUUGCCAUAGUGAUGAAGAACGUCUGGGGAACGGACCAAUGGUACGACGUGUCCUGCAAUGAACGAGCCACACGGUCCUUCAUCUGCAAACGGGCGGCCGAAAGAGUGACCCGUCCGGGAGACAGUGGCUAA